UAAUUUUAAAUUUUAUCUUGUCAAUGAUUUUAUCUGUGGUAAAUACCGGUGAAAGAUGGCGGAUGAUAGUUUACCUGCAGGUUGGGAGAAACGUUUAAGUCGAUCUACAGGUCAACAUUAUUACCUCAACAUUUACACAAAAGAGUCCCAAUGGGACGUUCCAGACAAACCAGCUGAACCAGCAAAUUCUGCUGGUCCUGAACAGGUUCAAUGUUCCCAUCUUCUUGUAAAACAUAAGGAUUCCAGAAGACCGUCUUCCUGGAGAGAAGAACACAUUACAAGGACUAAAGAAGAGGCCCUGGAGCUCGUAAAAUCAUAUAGAGAGCAAAUAGUUCAUGGAAAAGCAUCUUUUGCUGAUUUAGCACAGAAAUGUUCUGAUUGUUCUUCUGCGAAAAGGGGCGGAGAUCUGGGACCGUUCGGGAAAGGAGCCAUGCAGAAACCUUUUGAAGAAGCUGCAUUCUCUCUUAAAGUAGGGGAACUUAGUGACCCAGUUUUUACUGAUUCAGGGGUUCACAUAAUUCUACGCACUGUAUAAAUGAAUUAUUUGGCAUUUCUCACACUCUAGUUACAAAGAAAAACCUGUAUUUAUUAUUGUAAUCAUUACUUUUAAAUGUUUCAAUUUAUCUUGUUGAUUUCAAAUCAAAAAAAAUAUUCCCUUUCAAUAUUGUUAUAAUGGCUUACACCUGUAUGCUUUUUCAAUUGAUUAGCUUGCUCUUUAUUGUAAAAAGUAAAAGUUUAUUUAUUUUAUCUCUAAUAUGUAGCAGCUGUUUCCUGUUAUCUGUUUCAAAUGCAUAUUUUCAUUUAUGUGACUGGCAUUAAUGAAUUAAAGAGUAUGUACUAUACAAUUGAAGUGUGCUGGACUAUAUGAGUCCUGUAGGGUAAGUUUUAUGGGAUUUAAUUAAUGUUAUUUUAAAGGACUGAUUUUUAAAUUAAAUCAGAUAUAUGUGUUAAUUGCGGUGUUUUUGUUACGUAAUACUAAUAAAAUACAUAGAUGAACAUCUUGUAAAAUGUUUCAGCAAUAUUUGUCUUUUAUAUUUUUUUAAUUAGUGUAUUUAACAGUACUACAUAGAAUAUAUACCUUGUACUCGGUUUAGUAUUUAAUAAAAGUUAAGGUGAA